CCUGGGCGCUGUGAGUAUGCUCAGGCGUUCGUCCUUAGCACCCGCCAAUUUCUGGCUUCUGCAGAGCGCAUCCGAACUAGUAUACUGUUCGAGUAAUAGGGUAGCGGUUCCGCGACAUAUUUCUUGCCGUGAGGCUGUUCCCCCGAUAUGAAAGGAAAGGUGGCGCAUGCCGGACGCUGUAAACCCAUCGACAAUGGCAAUGCGCACGCCAAAGGCAAACCUUCGCCAGUAUGGUGCGAAAGAACGAAGUGUGAUGUCGAGCGGCGUUGGCCGGCGCGCGAGCGCGAACUUAGGAGCACUUGGGCGGUCCAGACGCGGCGCCACCACCUCCUAUCCGGCCAUGGUGAUGGUUUGAUGAUUUCGAGAAAUCGCCAGAGGCUCCUUAGCUGGGUCAUCGAUGACGUCCGAACUUGUCCGAAUCCCACAUGAUAUGGUUUCCUAUCAGUUCAAGGGUGCGCCGCUCACAGCGUUACGGAACAAGGGAGCCCGACCGAACGCUGAAGGAAGCGUCGCAGCGGAAAUGGAAGACGGCAGGAUAAAACGAGCCGGCGACAGCUCUCACAAGACACGGCGAGUUCCUGGACCAGUAGCCGUACAAAAAACGCGUCCACUAAAGCUUAGGAUAUGCGACCACCACGAGGCGUCGGGGAUCAAGUUGAACGCGAGUUGCAGACAUUGGCGAUGACGAGCAAUCAUGAUGCAUCCACAGGAACAGAAGCAGCUCUCGUGGUGUCCUAUCGCAUAGAU